UCUAAUAUAAAUGGUAAUUCAAGGUGAGUGUGAAUAUUGUGUAGGCGUUCCGCUCUAAACAUAGUUUAUCAUUUAGCUCCAUUACUAAGUAAUAAACCUAACUUUGUAGUCAUAAAAAGCAUUUCGUUCUGUAAUAAGUAUCUCAUUGGAUCACAACAAACUCACUUUCACUAGCAAACAAAGAACAAUAAAUAAAUAUUAACUUCAAAAGAAGUCAAGUAACAUUCUUUGAGAAAAUAUGGUGCUUAUUUAGGCAGAAUCGCAACUAUGUUAAUUUGCCUACAAGAGGAAUGCAAUGCUAUUCUGGAGAACCUGGUUCAUGUUCAUCAACUGGUGCUCUUCACUGUAGACCUUUAACAACUCCUCUGGGAUUGAUCAAAAUUACUUGUGUUGUAAUAUCCUCAAUUUUCGCUGGUGCAUGGAUUAGUAGAAAUGGAGCAGAGUUUCUUGAGGAAAAUGAAAUUUUUGUUCCAGAAGAUGAUUAG